AUGAAUCUUGUUGCUCUGCUACUCCUUACAAUAUCACACCUUUUCAUUGUUCCAUGUGUAGAAGCAGGCCAAGUCAUUUUGGUUGAUUCCAACAAUAACACUCGCUCUUUUGUCGACAUGGAAGCUAGCUUCUCUCCAUUAGUGAAUACGGUGAAGGCCGGAGUGGUUUACGUGGCUGAGCCUCUCGACGCUUGCGGAAACAUGAGGAAUAAACCGGAGCAGAGAGCUAAUGGUACUUCCCCUUUUGUGUUGAUCAGAAGAGGAGGCUGCAGUUUUGAGUACAAAGUCAGAAAUGCGCAAAGAAGCGGUUUCAAGGCUGCCAUUGUCUAUGACAAUGUGGACAGCAAUUUCUUAUUCCCAAUGGGAGGAGACUCGGACGGGAUACAGAUUCAAGCGGUUUUUGUGAGGAAUGCAGCAGGAGAAACUCUCAAGAAGUACGCUGGUUUGGCGGAAACUGAAGUCAUGUUGGUUCCUGAUUCAAAGGACUCGCUGUGGUCGCUGUGCGCUACCAUAGCAUUGCUCUUGUCCCUGGCUAUGUGUGGUGUUAUGGCCGCUUGUGUCUGCGUCUAUAGAUGUUGCACACCACAUAGCAACUCUAUAUCUCAAUUCAAUGGGAUGAGCCGUGGAAUGGUGAAAGAAAUGCCAAGUGUUACAUUCACUUGUGCGAAAGAUGACACCACCACUGGCUCCUCUUGCGCUAUCUGCCUUGAAGACUACAAUGUUGGGGACAAGCUCAGGGUCUUACCUUGCGGCCACAAGUUUCAUGUCGCUUGCGUAGACUCGUGGCUUAUAUCAUGGAGAACGUUUUGUCCAGUGUGCAAACGGGAUGCAAAAAGGAGCACAGAUGAGCCACCAGCCACAGAGAGAACACCGUUGCUCAGCUCUUCAAUUGCAUCAUCAUCUGUAGUGUGUAUAGACCCUCCUCCUUUGGGAUCCUCAGUUUCUUUCUCUCCAACACAUGUGAGCUCGUCCUACAUUCAACAAUUUGUCAGGUUGUCCUCUCACCGCAGCCAGCCUUCCCCAAUAAAUGUCAGUCGUAUCUCUGAGAAUCUCAGGCGACAAGCCUCACCAUUGCAGUCAUCAUCACAGGGAUCAUACAUGUGUAUGAAGUCUUUACAUUCACUUGGUUAUUCGACUAUGUCCCCUCUCAACGCUAUCGACAGGUCACCAUACCGGCCAUACCCAAGCAAUGCAUCUCCUGGAUUAGUCAGUUCGAGAAAUCAUCCGCGUUGCAAUUAUACAGCAAAUACAUUCUCCCCUUUUGCCUCUACACACUCGCUUCCAGACUGUUAGACCGAGCUUGCAACAGACACAUAGAAGAAUC